UGAGCAUUUGGGCGCGUAAAUUUAAAAAGUUAAAAUUUUAAAUUUAUUAGUAAAUUUUUAAAAAUUUGUAGAUUUUGUGUUUUAAUUAAUAGGUAGAGAUAUUAAUCAAAAUUUUAAUAGAAUUUAUAAUAAAGUUAUGGAGUAAUUAAAGUAAUUAGGUUGGGGUAUAGAUAAUUUAGAGGUUAAGUGACAUUUGUAAACUUGACUCACGCGCAAAGCAUAAAAAAAAGAGCGUUGCUUAAUAAAUAUAUAAUUUUGAUAUUUAAUAUUGAUAUUAUUAAUUAUCAAUAAACUUUAAUAGCUAAUAGUAACACGUAUGUCAAGUGAUGGCUAAUAAACGUAACGCUACGAGUGAAUUAAACUACGACAAUUGGAACUGUGAAGACGAACCAGAAGAUGCGGGAACAUUCACAACAGCACCACCAGAAGAGUUACAAAAACGAGUUGUCAAGACAGCUAAACGUAGAUUACCCGCUGGAUCAGAAGCUUCAACGAAAAAUGCAUUCGGAAGUUUCUCCGGCUUCAAAGUGACACAAGCAGCAGCCCCAUCAGCAGUCUUUAGUUUUCUAAAAAAACCAACGACGUCAACACCAACAUCCACAGCGUCCAGCAACGUCUUUGCAAAAAUAGCAACCCCAGCAACCAAUGGUACUAAAGUUACCGAAAACGGCCUUGUACCAUCAACUUCUAUCACGAAGCUCAGCGACUCUCUGAAACCCACCAUCACUUCUAGCAAAUCUGCUUCAGUCGAAGAAGCAGUCAACAAUAACAAAAAAUUAUUCGAAACCUCUUCAGAGUAUUACGCGAAACUAAAAGGUCUUAAUCAGAGCGUGAGUCAAUGGAUAAAAACACAUGUAGAUUCUAAUGCUUUUUGCAUUUUGACUCCAAUUUUCCGCGACUACGAACGAUACCUCAAGGAAAUAGAAACCCAGUAUGGGAAAUCAUCCUCAUCUUCAUCAACAUCUUCAGCAUCAGCUGAAGAGAAAGCAGAUGCAAAUAAAUCUAAAAAUAUUUCACAAGCUCAAUCAACAGAGUCAGCUAAGGCAUCAACGAGUGAUCCUAAACCUGCUUCAAUAUUCGGAUCGACAAAAACUAAAAAUAUUUUUGGCGGAACCGCCAGCUCACAAGUGAGUUCUUUAACUAAAGAAUCAACGGAUAGUAAAGAAGCACAAGAUAAACUUGAUAUUAAAACAAAUAAUGAUAAAGAUAAGGACCUAGAUAAAGAUAAAGAUAAAAAUAAAGAUCAAGCUGACAAUAAAUUAGAAAAUAAAUCAUUAACAUUCCCACAAGCAAGCUCGCUCUUUAGCUUUGGACAAUCAAAUACCGGAGCACCGGCCGCUAGUUUUAGUUUUGGAGGCGCAAAGUCAUUCAGCUUCGUCUCAAACGUCGUCUCCAAAGAUUCCAAGGACGACAACGAUGACAAAGAAGACGAAGACGAGCCACCGAAGGUCGAAAUAAAACCUAUUACUGAGGACGGCGCGAUUUAUGAAAAAAGAUGCAAAGUAUUUUUUAAAAAUAAAGAGACUGGGGCAUUUAGUGACCGCGGUAUCGGGGUUCUCUUUCUCAAGCCCACGCCCAAUGGAAAAACUCAGCUGAUCGUACGCGCAGAAACAACUCUAGGUAAUUUAUUGCUCAAUACUUUGCUGACAAAAGCCGUUCCUACUAAGAAAGUUAAUAAAAAUACGGUAAUGCUGAUGUGUUUGCCACUUGCCGACUCGGUUCCGCCUCCAGUUCCGGUCUACCUCAGGGUCAAGACCAGUGAGGACGCUGAUGCUCUCCAGGAAGCUCUAGAAAAUAAUAAAAAAUAAUUAGUUUAUUUAUUGAACAAUUGAUUAUUCAUUUUUUUUAUAUAUUUUUUUUUCUCGCAUAUCGAUUUGUCGAUACUAAAAUUUCCGUUAAUAAAUUUGUAAGUGGUUACUUUUGAUUUAUUAAUUAGUUAAUUUAAUAACUAAUUAUACUGCAGAUAUCAAAUCAUCAUGAUGAGCAUUAUAAAUUUAUUAACAUUUUUUUUUUUUUUGUAAAAAUCAAUGGAAAUUGAAAUUGAUCCAUGUGGGCGAUAGUUACAAUUUUUUUAUAUUAAAAUAAAAAACUAAAUUCGUAAUAAUGUUUUAAUACUUUUUAAGUCAUUGUAAAGUAAUCAAAUUUGGUUUAGUAAUUAUUAGUUAUUGUUUAAUUGAUCAGUGCCCAUAUAAAUUUAGAUAAUUUA